AUGUCGCAAUCUACAUGCUUGCUAAAUGUGAAAGAAAACAUGUCCCUAUCCGGUUUAAAACACAGAUCGCACUCAGACAUGGGUUAUGGAAAGAGUUUGGUGUAUCAGAUAAUUCCAAAGUUGUUGUCAAUUGUGAAAAAAGAUGAACCGCAAGCGACGAUAUUAGUCAUCUCUCCAUUAACAAUCAUUCAAAAUGAGCAGAUUGAAACUCUAAAAAAGUAUGAUGUAAAGGCCUGUAGGCUUUCUUACCAUGAAUGUGAUGGAGAAGUAGAGCUUAUGGAGAAAGAUAUGAUCCAGAAUAUUGCAGAAGGGGAAUUCGCAAUUGUGUUUGCUCAUCCUGAAGUACUACUUAACACAGUCAGUGGAAAAGACUGGCUGAGCAAAAGACAAUUCAUUGAUCAUGUAAAAGGGGUAGUGAAAGAUGAAUGUCACAUUGUAAAAGAAUGGGAAGAGGAAUUCAGGAAAGCCUUUCAAAAACUGAAGACUCUUCCUGCGGUGUUUAAUGAUGUCCCAUUUAUGGCAUUAAGUGGGACAUUACCAACCAGUCUGAUGAAGGAGCUACCAAACAUAUUGGAUCUCAACAACCCCGUGACAGUCCAAGAAAGCCAUGACCGUACGAAUAUAUUUCUGAAAAAACUUCAAAAGUCGAAAUCUGGUGACACUAGUGAAAUUUAUGAAUCAAUUUUAAAAACAGAAUGUGAUGACCUUAAGAAAAACCCCUACAGUUAUCCUGUUACACACCUUUUCAUGCCUUUGUACUAUAUAAGCCAGGCAGCAGCAUAUCUUAAGCAUUUUUUUGGAGAUGGUGAUAUUACAACGUCUUGCUAUGCAGUGUUGUUUUCCAGACAAGACAAAGUUGUUCUUAAAACAACAGUUGAGAAGCUACAAAUGGAAAAUCCCCGAAUAAGACUGAUUUUAACAUCAUCAGUUGCUGGCAUGGGGUUUGAUACCCCAAGUGUGAAGAGGAUCAUUUAUGCAAGACCACCGCGUAACUUGUCCCAGUACCUCCAUGAGAUAGGGAGAGCAGGUCGAAGGGGACAAACAGUUCUGCAAUUCUUCAUUACAACAAAAAAAACAUUGCCAAAAAUAUUCCUGGAAUUCAAGAAGACACAGUGCAGUAUUGCAAUAAUGAGGAAACAUGCCUCAGGGAAUUGUUGUUAA